CACUUUUAUUUUUAAACCCGGCUCUUUUGUUUACGCAGUCCGUGCUGGACCGCCGGAGGGUCGAGAAUGAGCUGCCAGAUCUACGCGAGUUGCGGCACCCCAACCUGGUGGAGAUCCGCGACGUGUUCGACACCGCCGACGAGCUGACCCUGGUCAUGGAGUGGGUCUCCGGCGGCGAGCUGCUGGAGCGCAUCGCGGAGCGCGGCUUCUACUCGGAGCAGACGGCGGCCAAGGCGGUGCGGCAGGUCCUGGGCGCGCUGCAGUGUUUGCAUUCCCGCGGCCACGCGCACCGCGCGCUGCGGCCCGAGAAGCUCGUGUUCGCGUCCGAGGCCGAGGACUCCGCCAUCAAGCUACUGACGGCCGGGCUGGGCGUCAACAACCUGCUGCCCACGGCGCCGCCCUACUGUGCCCCGGAGACGAACAAGGGCGCGGGCGCCGGCCCCGCCUCCGACAUGUGGAGCCUGGGGGUGAUCGCCUACAUCCUGCUGUGCGGCUUCGAGCCGUUCGCCGGGGAGAACGGGUCCGCAUCCGAGCCCCUGCACCAGCACGCCCUGCACUUCCCCGCGCCGUGGUGGGACGAGGUUUCGGACAGCGCCAGGGAUCUCGUCACGCAGCUGCUGCAGACGGACCCCGCGGCCCGCCCGACUGCUGAGGAGGCGCUGCAGCACCCCUGGGUGCGCGGCGACACCCCUCGCACCCAGCACAUGGACGCCACGGUGCGCUCCCUGCGGGAGUUCAACGCGCGCAGGAAGUUCCGGGCUGCGACGCAGGCCGUGGUGGCGACGCAACGCCUCGUGUCCCCCGAGAAGAGGCUGUCCCGGGUGCUGGGCCAUGUCAGCCCCCAGGAGGAGACACCCCCGCGCGCGAGCGAUGAGCGGCCGGGGAGGUGUUAGCCGAGCGAGUGCCAACCAGACUGUGAUGUGAUUUCGACGAUUAGGGUGCGGCGAGAGUGAGUGUGUGUGUGUGCUGAUCGGGCGCGAGAGAAAGAAAAGGAGUGUUUUUGUCUUCUCAUAUGUGUUUGAUUCGAAAAAAACCUAACUUUUGUCUUGAUACGUGUUUUCUUAUUUAAAGCUUCAGCUAUUGUAUCUCAAAUACAUCCUUUCUGUAGUGUAAGCUUAUUUUUAAUUCGUGAUGAGCUGUGCUAGUCGUUGAAGUCUUAAUAAUUACUAUUCAUUUAAUAUUUUUGACAUCGUUCUUUGUAAAUAUUCUAAUUGUUGUAUAAUUUGUUCAGUGUUUUUCAGAA